AUGGACCCAACAGACAUGAAUGCAAGAGUUAUGACUAAAGGCAAGUUUAUGUAUAAACAUGGUAAAGACUAUGAGACCUAUGAGGAAGCAAACAAUGCAUACUGCAGAACACAUGGUAAUA